AUGACGAUUGAUAAGUCUUGGAUUUCUUGGAGAAAACGCGGUAAAGAAUAUUGGGAGUGUCUACAAGUAUUUUUGGCGAUGGCUUCAAAUUAUAAAAAUUCUGAUGGGAAAAUUAGAUGUCCUUGUGUUAAGUGCUUAAAUACUCGAUUUGAGCCUUUAAACAUUGUGGAAGCGCAUGUAUUUGAUUGGGGUUUUGAUAAUGGUUAUCAAAAGUGGAUUUACCACGGGGAGUCAGAAACAGAAGUUGUUGCACGGACGGAAGUUGUUGAGCAUAUUUUAGAUGAUGAAGAUGACGAGAUGAUUCCCAUUGUUGAAGAUUUCAUUCGACCAACAACUGAAGAUGUUCAACGCAAUUCUGAUUCUUUUCAAUAUUACGACGAGUUAUUUGAAGAGAUUGAAGCUGAAUUGUAUCCUGGAUGCCAUUGGAUUUCUUCACUUAACUUUCUAGCAAAGUUAUUGCAUUUGAAAGUUCGUGGAAAAAUUCCUAUCGGCGUAUUUGAUGAAUUAUUAAAAUUAUUGAAUCUUGCUUUUCCGAAAGGAAAUAAAAUUCCAUCGACAUACUAUGAGGCUAAAAAGAGACUAAAAAAAUUAGGUUUAGGCUAUGAGUCUAUUCAUGUGUGCGAGCAUGAUUGUUGCUUGUUUUAUAAAGAGCAUGCCACUAAAGAUGCUUGUCCAAUUUGUGGAACUAGUCGAUGGAUUACUUCAACAAAAGCUAAUGGAAAAAGGGUGCCACGUAAGGUGUUGCGCUAUUUUCCAUUGACACCUCGGUUGAAAAGAUUAUAUGGUUCAAGACAUACUGCAAAACACAUGGUAUGGCAUCAUACUGGAAAAUCGAAGGAUGAACGAGUGAUGCGUCACCCGGUUGAUGGGAUUGCUUGGAAGGACUUUGAUGCUAAACAUCCUGAUUUUGCCAGUGAACCUAGAAAUAUUCGCUUAGGUUUAGCUGCUGAUGGCUUUAAUCCAUUUGGCAACAUGAGCCUAGCAUAUAGUAUGUGGCCUGUCGUGUUAGCAAACUAUAAUCUUCCACCUUGGAUGUGCAUGAAAGACAAUAAUUUCAUGUUGGCCCUACUAAUUCCUGGACCAAAAUCACCAGAAAAAGACAUGGAUGUUUUUCUAAGACCAUUGGUGGAUGAGCUGAAAGAGUUGUGGGUUGAUGGAGUUGAUACGAGAGAUUGUAGGACAAACACCGUGUUCAAGUUGCGUGCAGCCCUUUUAUGGACUAUUAAUGAUUUUCCUGCUCGAAGUCACAGAAGAUUCUUGCCCAGUAACCAUCGAUUUAGAAGGGACACCAACUUUGAUGGAGAAAUUGAAAGAAGACAUCCACCAAGACGUUUUACUUGUGAGGAAAUUCUCGAACAAGUAAACAAACUUGUGCCACAAGUUCCUGGAAAACAUGACCAAUUUGGUGGUGUAAAACGCAGACGAGUUGCAGAAGAUCAAAAUUGGAGGAAAAAAAGUAUCUUUUAUGAGCUUGAGUAUUGGUGGUCAAAUACUUUGAAACACAAUAUUGAUGUGAUGCAUGUUGAGAAGAAUGUGUGUGACAGUCUGUUGGGCACAAUCUUGGACAACGAGAAAUCAAAGGACACAACUAACGCAAGACAUGAUUUGAAGAAAUUAGGAAUAAGGGAAUGGAUGUGGAUUUAUGAAGAUGAUAAUGGCAAGUUAAUGAAGCCACACGCCCCUUACGUCCUCAAAGCUGAUGAAAAAUUGAAAUUUUGUCAAUUUAUCAAGGAUGUGAAGUUUCCCGAUGGAUUUUGCUCAAAUUUGAAGAAGAAAGUGAACAAUGAUUUAUCAAAUGUUCUUGGAUUGAAGUCUCACGAUUGUCAUGUAAUUAUACAAAGAUUAUUGGCAAUUGGUGUUCGUAAGUUUCUCCCUAAAGAUGUAUCGACAACUAUUGCUGAAUUAUGCAACUUUUUCAGGCAAGUAUGUUCAAGAACCAUAAACUUUAAAGAUAUGGAGGAAGCACAAAAAGACCUUAUUUUGAUAUUGUGUAAGUUGGAGUUGAUUUUUCCUCCAGCUUUUUUUGAUAUCAUGAUUCAUUUGGUCUUACAUUUGCCUGAAGAAGCAAUUUUGGGUGGACCUGUGUUUAUGAGAUGGAUGUACCCUUUUGAGAGGUACAUGAAAAAAUUGAAGAAUUAUGUUGGAAAUAAAGCUCGUCCUGAAGGGUCAAUAGCUGAAAGCUAUGUUGCAGAUGAGGCAUUGACAUUCUGCUCUAUGUAUUUUAAGGGGGUAGAAACCAAAUUUAACCGACUUGAUCGCAACGAAGAUGAAGUGAUUCCUAGAAUUCUUACCGUCUUCCAAUCACAAUGUCGUCCCUUAACAAGAUCAAAUAUCAUGCCUCUAGACAGAAAGACUCGUGAAAAGGCUGAGUGGUUCAUCUUUGACAAUUCACCUGAAAUCAGACCAUAUUUAGAUGAACACUUAGAAGAGAUAAAACUUCAGUACCCAGAUGGAGAUCAUAACAUUUUACACAAAAAAAUUUUCCAGCGAUGGUUUCAUAAGAAGAUAUAUGAUUUACACAAGCUUGGAUCAUUGGAGAAUGGUGAAGAGUUGCUAGCUUUAGCAUGUGGGUCAGAUCACUUAGUAACAUAUUAUGAAGGGGUUUUAGUGAAUGGUGUUCGUUACAUGGUAGCUGAACGUGAUAAGAAGCGUACUACUCAGAAUAGCGGUGUCUCCGUGGCGGGAACAGAAGGAUUCAAUUAUUAUGGAACCUUAGAAGAUAUGAUGAUGUUCACUUUUUGUGGUGUGUAUUCAAGGAAGAAAACAAUCAUUGAGAAUAACAUCAUUAGUAUCAAUGUUAGUGGUGAAUGGUACAAAGAUGAUCCAUUUAUACUUGCUACCCAAGCUAAGCAAGUAUUUUACCUCGAUGAUUUGCUUAGGGGUAGACAUUGGAAAAUAGUCGAGAAUGUAAACCACCGGCAAAUUUGGGACAUUGAGCAGGAUGAAGAUGAUGAAGAUGUUGCUGAUGAAAAUGAUGUGGAUGGUGACGCUGAUAACGUAAUAGAUGACGAAGGUGACGAGUUGCUAAUUGAUCGAUGUGAAGACGAUAUUGUUUCUGAAAAUGAUGAGUGUGAUAGUGACUAUUAG